GCUCGCCGGGAGGGUGCGUGUCCGAGAGGCGCGAGCGAGCAUCGAUCGUACGGCGCUCAGUCCGCCGGGGCGGCCGGCGAGAGCGCGCGUGUCAUGCGCUGCCGCUGAGAUGACCGGCGCUCGGGCGCUCGUCACCGCCUGCUGCUGCUGGUGGUGGCUGAUUACCGCAGCCGCCACCGAGCUAGACUUGCUGGGCGCUCUGUCGCUGCAAAACACGUCGCGCGCCGGCGUCACCGUUGCGCCGGGCAUGCAGCCGCAGCGCACCGCAUACACAUUACAAGGAGAAUCUCGUUCCCUGCAAGUGGAGGGCGAUGCCUUCGAGCGCGCGGCGGAGCUGCUGCGGCGCUCGCCCGAGUUCACGGUGCUGGCGGCGCUGCGCCAGGAGCCCGCCAACUCUGGCACCAUCCUGUCCUUCUCGCACGGCUACAACAGGUACCUGGAGGUGCAGUCCAGCGGCCGGCGCGACGAGGUGCGGCUGCACUACGUGGCGGCCGGCGCCAGCGCGCCGCGCGUCGAGACCUUCCCGUUCCGGCUGGCGGACGGCGCCUGGCACCGCCUGGCGCUGGCCGUGUCCGGGGCGCAGGCCACGCUGCUGGUGGACUGCCACCCGCUCUACCGCCGCCUCAUCCCGCCGCCCGACCGCAACUUCACGCAGCCGCAGCUUGCGCUAUGGGUUGGACAGAGGAAUAGCAAACAUUCCUUAUUUAAGGGAACCCUUCAAGAAGUAAGACUGGUAAGCGGGCCGCACGGCUACCUGGCGCAAUGCCCGGGGCUGGACUCGGAGUGCCCCACAUGUGGGCAGUUCGCUCUGCUGCAAGCGACUGUGCAGGAGCUCACAACACAUAUCCAUGACCUUUCACUCAAGUUGGUUGGUACAGAGACGAGGUUAGCACGUCUCGAGCAAUGCGAUUGCCAGAAGUCGUGCUAUUCCAACGGCACAGUACAUGCAGACGGGGCGUCUUGGCAACGAGACUGCAAUCGGUGCUCCUGUGUGCACGGCGAGAUAACGUGCAGGCCAGUUGAGUGCGACAGAGCUGAGUGUAAGAACCCGGUGCUGCAUCCGGGGGAAUGUUGUCCAACAUGUUUAAGGCAGUGCCUUCUAAAAGGCACGCUGUACGAGCACGGCGAGCGUUUUGCGCCGAAAGAGUGCGCAGAGUGCGUCUGCCACGACGGCAACAUGCAGUGCACGCGCGUGGACCCCGACGUGGCGUGCCCGCCGCUACCCUGCGACGUGGCCGACCAGUUCACCGUGCCUGGCGAGUGCUGCAAGUUCUGUCCAGGUGUGGACUACUGCAGCAUGGGGCACUCAUGCGACGAAAACGCGACCUGCAUGAAUCUCAACACAAAGUACACGUGCAAGUGCAACCAGGGCUUCCAGGGGGACGGAAUCACUUGUCAAGAUGUAGAUGAAUGCCAGCGCGCUGGUGGUCUGGACGGCCAUCACUGCCACUCCAACACAAGGUGUGUGAACGUCGUGGGCAGCUACGUGUGCCAGUGCCUACCCGGAUAUACAAGGAGAGACAAGUUUAACUGUGUCGAGGUGGACGAAUGCGCGGGCGAGACCCACGGCUGCCACGCGCACGCCGUGUGCAGCAACACGCCCGGCUCGUACACGUGCCGCUGUCGCGACGGCUAUAGCGGGGACGGAUACGAGUGCACGCCUAUCUGCACGGGCGGCUGCCUGAACGGCGGCGUGUGCGUGUCGCGCGAGCAGUGCGCAUGCGCGGCGGGGUUCGGCGGCGCGCGCUGCGAGCGCGACGUGGACGAGUGCCGCGCCGGCGCGCGCGCCGCCUGCCCCGCGCAUGCGCUGUGCGUCAACACGCCCGGCAGCUACUACUGCGUGUGCGCGCGCGGGUACCGCCGCGACGCCGUGCUCGACACCUGCCAAGAUGUGGACGAGUGCGCGGAGGGUUUUCACACGUGUCACCACAGCGCGCGCUGCGUCAACAUCGACGGUAGCUUUCGGUGCCAAUGUGAUUCAGAAGAGCAUUGUGAACUAAGCUGUUCGUGGCAAGGAGGAACAAAACCGGACGGAUCGUCGUGGUCGGAGGCUGGCGGAUGCCGCACGUGCACGUGCGCAGCCGGCGUGGCGUCCUGCCAGCGCGCGCCCUGCGCCUGCGACCUCAGUGAUAACAUGACUUCAGCGUUGCAGAGCACGUCGCUGCCGAGCGUGGCCCCGGCGUCGUGUUGCCCGCACUGCGAGGCGCGCUUCCACUGCCGCCACCAGGAGAUGCACCACGUCACCUUCCGCAGCGGCGAGCGCUGGCUCUACCAGUGCCAGAUCUGCGAGUGCCUCCUGGGCGAGGUGGACUGCUGGGAGCCGGAGUGCGCGGCGGCGGGGGCGGGGUGCUGCGCGGAAAACUUACAUAAUAAGAAAAACUGCAAAUCUGACGUGUACGGCGUCGACGUGCUGAAGGCUCGCGACCGGACGCCUCACAUCACACAAGAGACACCGCUGUUAUCACUGGUGCUCAACAUACCACCGAGCGUAGGAGAGAAAUAUUUGGCAUUCAAUGUUUGUAUGUCGUGA